GCACCAGUCGGUAAAGAAACACGCCGAGCCGAGACCCUCCGCUCGAAGCAUACAAAUCCCACCGGCGACGCUCUCACCCGAUUGGCCGCCGCCGCCUGUCAAUCACGCCGCGAUCCUUCUACUACCGCUCCUACAGUAAAUAUUUGUGUUUGCUCAACCGGCUGUAAUGGUGGACGACUGAGGCAGAGGAGCGGAAUACAAGAGUGAAGCAAGAGAAGGAAAAACGGUCGAAAGUCUGUCUCAGAGCCAGUCGCCGCGAGUAGGACACGGGGCUUCGUCGAAAAUGGAUGAACUCAAACAUCAAGUCAUGAUUAACCAGUUCGUCCUGACGGCGGGUUGUGCGGCAGACCAGGCGAAGCAGCUUUUGCAGGCGGCACAUUGGCAGUUCGAGACUGCCCUCAGUGCCUUUUUUCAAGAAACAAAUAUUCCAUAUGGCCAUCAUCAUCAAAUGAUGUGCACCCCAGCCAACACACCAGCGACGCCCCCCAACUUCCCGGAUGCAUUGACCAUGUUCUCCCGGCUGAAGGCGUCCGAGAGCUUCAACAGCGGCAGCGGUGGCAGUCCCAUGGCGGCCUCCAUGGCCACCUCACCCCCGCCCCCCCAGGUCGGCGGCUGGGGGGUCUCACCAAACGUACCUAAUGUGCCGCAACCUCCACAGGGACUCUGGACUCAGGGGCAACCCCCCAUGCAGCCCUGCCCCGCCUGGCCCACAGGCGUGAACCCCCACGCGGGCGCUGAGCAGAAGGCUAGCGUAGCGAUGGAGGCCGAGAGAUGAAGGGCAGCACAGGACUGAAAAAUAUCUCCCUUCCACUUCAGGAAAGGGAGGGAAAAUGGGCGGAGGGAGGGGGUGAAUAAUGACCGGGAGGGAGGGAGGAGAUAAAAGGUAGAAAUUCGGGUUUUGGUCUUUUUUUUUCCAAAAAAGGAUGAAAGGAUGUGGAACGAGACGGAAAAACUACGCAAACCAAGAAAAACCCAACGUGGACAUUUUAAGAAGAGGAGAAAAACCAAUGCAAAUGUCAAUACAAAAAUACACAAAAAAAAACUAAAAAGAUACGCACACACAUAGUAAUAAGAGAGCAACUGAAAAUCUUUGUUAGUUUUUCCUAAGUAAAUGCAUAGAUAAGAGAAAUAUUAAUGAACUUACAAAAAACAAAAUGGAAAUUAAAAAAAAACAACUGUCACGCCCAAGGAUUCUCUGUGACGUUCAAGGACAUUUAAGGCAGCAAACUUAAUUUUCAGUUCUUCGUUUAGUACUUUUUUUUUUUCCUCCAUUGUUUGAACCGGUGUUUUUUGCCGCCGGCAUUUCUGCAACUUGUCUGUGCUGCAUGAGGAGAGAGGGACUUUUGCAAUGCAGUGUUUGAGAUUGACUCAAAGAGAAAAAAAAAAUUCAACACGCACUUGAGUGUGAGUGUGUACGCAUGUGAGCGGGUGGUCGGUUUGUAAUCAAAAAAAUGUAUACACACACACACAUAUAUAUUCACACAUACAUACAUACAUACAUACAUACACACACACACACACACACACACACACACACACACACACACAUUAGAGUUUAGAGGCAACACCUCCAUACUGUCAUCCCCAUCCUCAAAGGUGGGACUUUUCUUACCUCACCUGGUGGUCACCUGACUUCUUUCAGCCAAUCAGGGAUUCUUCUUAAACCAACCGUUGCCACCGCCGCCGCCGCAGGACAUGUUUUUAAAGGUUUUUUCUCAAAGGCAGCAGCCGACUCUGGUUUAUGCUAACCAAUCCUUGCUGCAAUGGCUCUUUCCUGACAGUUUUCAAACCUGGACUCACGACUACAACUGUCCACUUUUUUCUGGAGAUUUGGGUUAUUACAAGAAAAAAAAAAAAGAGAAAAUCAUGGUUUAAUAUAAUAUCGUUUAUAAAUGCUAAUUGUUCUGUUGUUUUGUUUUUUUUUUUUUUGUUGAGUGGUUAAGGGAGGUGGCUUUGAAAAUGGGUGGGACUUCAGGUUGAUUUGGUUUUUUUGGAAGGAGUGAAUCAAACCGCAGCUAAAAUGGCUACAGAUUAUAAAAGAAAAAAGAAGAAAAACACGACUACUCCAUCUUUGUAAACAGGAUUGCCACUUUGCAUGAUGUGUUCAUAACGUGUAACAUCUUUUGUAGCAAACAUACAUGAGGUCGAGACAUGUUUAUGGGACGGGGUGUGUGGAGCUGAAGAUGAGGGUGGGGUGGUGGGUCUCAAUCCCAAAGCUAAUAGAAAUGCAAUAGAUGAGAGUUUCUCAUGAAAUGUCUUGUUAGAUAAGAGAAACAAAGAAGAAAAUGGGUGUGGGGCAGCUUCGGGAAGCCCACCACAGGCUAUUUGGGGACACUACAGACUACUUCCAGAUAUACAGUAUAUAUAAACCCUCAGAAACUGUACUUCUGAGGGGUUUUUACAACAUUUAGGUCUCUAGAUUUUCGACCGGUCCCUGGUCCAUUGAUACUGCUGAGGGACAGUUCAGGGAUGACCCUGAUAUAUGGCAAUAUUUUAAAUGCAGGGUCUGUCCCUUUUUUAAUUUCUCCUGUUUGGAUUAUUUUUCCAUUGGAUAACAAAGGAGAGAGUAAGAAGAGAUAUUUUGAAUAGCUGAAGGUCUUUUUAAAAAAAAAAAAGAUAAUUGGGGAAAUCAUGGAUAUAAUAAUGAAUAAAUAAGCAACUUUCUUUUUAUUAUUUAGACUAAACUAAUGUUUGAGUUCAUCCUUUUUUCCAUGCUUCAUACUUUUAUUUGGUUAAAUCAGAGCGUCUCUGGGUGGGCCUGUUCCUAAAUGGUUUCUCAUGUAUGUUUCCCCACUUGUAUGGCUGUAUGAGACCAUUCCCACAAUAUUUGUGGACUACCUGAUAAUUAACUUAUCAUUUUUUGUGAACCUAAAUAAAUAUUGUAUGUCAACCUAAUCA